AUGGCUCCCCCUCCUCAUGUUUUGUUGUUUCCAUUCAUGUCCAAAGGCCACAUGAUUCCAUCCUUGCACUUAGCUCAGCUCCUCCACCACCGCCACGGCGCUGUAAUAACAAUUGUAACCACCCCUGCAAACCAUUCCAUCAUCUCUAAUUUCUUCUCUAACUUCCACAACAAAAUCUCUACAGUCAUCCUCCCUUUCCCCUAGAACAUCGACGGAAUACCACCAGGCGUUGAAAGUACCGAUAAACUUCCAUCCAUGUCUCUAUUUAUUUCCUUUCUUAAAGCCACCAAAUUGAUGAAACCCCACUUCGAACAAACCUUAAACACACUCCCAAAUCUCACAUUCAUGAUAACCGAUGGCUUCCUACAUUGGACACUUGACUCUGCCCAGAAGUUCAGUAUCCCAAGGCUUGUUUUCUAUGGUACAGGCAUUUAUGCCACGACUUUGGUUCAAGUUGUAGGCCCGACUUCUCUGCUCCAACGAGGAAAAUCAGACACUGAAGAAAUCAGUUUUCCUGGGGAUGAUUUUCCAUGGAUCAAGUUCACAAGAAAUGACUUUGACCCAAAAAUUGCCUAUCCAGAACGUGAUACUGAGUACUUCCAACUUGUCUUGGAGCAUGGCAGAGCAACAAUGCAUAGCUAUGGCCUUCUCGUCAACAGCUUCUACGAGCUUGAGUCCAUUUUCCUGGACUAUUGGAACAAAAAAUGUGUCCCCAGAGCAUGGUCAAUUGGACCUCUCUGCCUAGCUGCCCAGCCGUCAAAAGCAGCCGGCCAGAAACCUUCGUGGAUUCAGUGGCUAGACGAAAAACUACCACAGAAGAAUCCUGUUUUAUACAUUUCGUUUGGAUCACAGGCAGAGAUAUCUAAGGAGCAAUUGGAGGAGGUUAAAAUCGCAUUGGAGAAAUCAGGAGUGAACUUUCUGUGGAUAGUUAGAGGAAAUGAUCAGUCAGACUCGAGUGAUGGUUUUGAAAACAGAGUCAAAGACCGGGGAAUAGUAGUAAAAGAGUGGAUUGAUCAGAGACAAAUUCUUGAUCACAAAAGUGUUCAGGGAUUUCUAAGUCACUGUGGAUGGAACUCCGUGAUCGAGAGCAUAUGUGCAAAAGUUCCGAUAUUGGCUUGGCCAAUGUUGGCGGAGCAGCCACUGAAUGCAAAGAUGGUGGUGGAGGAGAUAAAGAUUGAUAGGGUGAAGACUUGUGACGGGACCUUGAAUGGUUUGGUUAAAUGGGAGACUUUGAAAAUGGCUGUAAAAGAAUUGAUGGAAGAAGAGUCUGGAAAAGAGGUGAGGAAGAAUGCGAAGGAAGUUGGUGAAAUUGCCAUCAAAGCUAUGGAAGAGGGUGGAUCAUCUAGGAGCUCAUUGAGUCAGGUCAUGAAUGAGUUGUCAGAUUUGCAGGCAAAAAGAAUUGCAUGAAAGAGAAGCUUCUUCC